AUAACCCAUGCUGGAAUUGACCGCCAAAACCUCUUCAACAAUCUUUGGGGUUCUGAUCAUAUGAAGAUAGAUAAUAAUAAGGUUGUAACCAUGCAACUUGACCAAAACUCGGGGAGCGGGUUUAUGUCAAAGAAUCCGUACGUGAACGGCUACUUUGCGGCAGACAUCAAACUCCCAAACAAUUACAUGACCUGUGGAAUUAAUGUUAAUCUAUACUUAUCGAAUGGGGAUAAAUACCAAGGGCGUCAUGAUGAAGUGGACAUUGAGUUCCUGGGAACCCGGCGGGAGGGGGAAUACAUUUUGCAGACCAAUGUGUAUGUGGAUGGGAGUGGGGACGGUUUCUUCGACCACAAGAGGCCUGUCAUCGGCCGAGAGGUGCAGUUCAAACUGUGGUUCGACCCCUCCAAACAUUUUCACCACUACGCCAUUGCAAAGACACCUCGAGAAAUCAUAUUUUUUGUGGACGAUACGCCGAUAAGGAGGUAUCCAAAUAUAAACAACCCAGCAACAUAUCCGCAGAGGGAGAUGUGGGUGUACGGAACGAUAUGGGAUGCGUCGGACUGGGCAACCGAGGGCGGGAAAUGCAGGAUGAACCCGUCUUACGGACCUUACGUCGCUCAGUACAAAAACUUAUUUGUGGGAGAGGCAGACAGCAGUGUCAAGCUGAGCCAAACACAGGAGGCUGCCAUGAAAUGGGUUCAGAGCAAGUACUUGGUCUACGACUAUUGCAAGUCCUCGCCGCCGCCAAACCUCUCUCUCACCCCUGAGUGCGCCGCCGCCGCCGCCCCUUAAUUUCCACUCCAACACUACUUUAUUGAAUCCAUCCAUAUUACUCAAUAUCAUGCAUGUAUUAUAUUCCCAUCCGCCAUUUGCAAUUUUCAAAUUUACUUCCGCCCUCCCACCCAUUUAUUAGGGCGAGCGGAAGGUAUGGCAUUAUCUUUUUUUUCUAUACCAGUGUUACAUCAGAUCUUAAUACAUUUAUACUUUUUUUUUAAUUACAAUUGGGGGUAUACAUAUGCGGUAUGCCAAUUCUCUAACUUACUACAAUCAUUUUUUUUUAAAUACAACAACAACAAAGCUUUGUCUUACUA